AUAGCAUAAUCGUCAAAAGUUAAAAGUGAUUUUAAAUUAUAUAAUUAAAAACUUCAAUUACUCUUCGAAUAUGCCAAAUUUUAGUUGGUAUUGUAUGGAUGAGUGGGGAUAACUUGAAGAAAGCUACUAAAAAAAAAACCUAUUGUAGGUCAGCCCAACUACGCUUGGGUUGGAAUCGAUACCUGAAAAGUGAUAAGGCAGGUUUUGUUUCGUGUGUGAAGGAAAGUGUGAGAAACUGGUGAGGAAGACCAAAAGAAAUUGAAGAAGAAUAAGAAUGGGAAGUUCGUCAAAUGAUGAUUUCUCGGUGGUGGUGCUUGCUUCAGAUUUGGGUAUAGACGCCCGUCCUUUCUUAGCGAAGCAUGACGGAGAAAUCGAAGACCAAGACAACUGGCAUGAUUGUUCUCAGGAUUUCUCCGAUGAAGAUUUCUCCGAUCUGGAUUUCCUCCAGCUCUUCCGCCUCGAGGGAUCUGAUAAAUCCGGAAAUCGCAUCUUCCGCAUCGUCGGAAAGUACUUUCCCGCUCCAGUUGUUAGUGGGGAUCGACUGAAGAGAUAUAUAUUCCAGAAGAUACACAAUGAGUUGCCUGAAGGUCCAUUCUGCAUAGUUUAUAUGCAUAGUACGGUGCAAAAGGAGGAUAACUCACCUGGUAUUACUAUCUUGAGGUGGAUUUAUGAAGAACUUCCCUCUGAGAUCAAGGAUAGGCUGCAAGUCAUCUACUUCAUACACCCUGGGCUUCGUUCAAGGCUUGUCUUUGCCACUCUUGGCCGAUUUUUCUUAAGUGGAGGUUUAUAUUGGAAGAUCAAGUAUGUAAGCCGCCUACAAUACCUAUGGGAUGAUAUAAAGAAGGGAGAGGUUGAGAUUCCUGAAUUUGUGCAAAACCAUGACAAAGUUCUUGAGCACCGACCGCUAACAGAUUAUGGCAUUGAACCAGAUCCUCUUCACUUAACAGAGGUUGUUUGUGGAAAAGGAAAGAGAAAGGCAAAGAGGAAUCAGGAGGCAGAACAGAGAUGGGAUGCACCCAGUCCAAAGAUCAAGUUUUGCAUGAAAGUCAUGUCGCAACCAAGUCCGUCGGAAUGAUUAAUGUCAAAGAUGAUAAGAAACUUGCAGACCAGAUGCCCCACGCCCAGAUGUUCAAACAUGUCACCAACGAAUCACAGGGACAUGAGCCUAACCCAAGGAAAGAUCAGCUUGAAGCAAUGAAGGAGCAUGAAUCAGAGGAUGAGCCCUUUUUUUCUGCAGAUGAAGAAGGAGUAUCACAAUCCUAAACUGCAUUAACCAUGUUCGCCAACUUCUUAAUUUGCUUCAUUCCCUCUUCAUUUGUUUGAACCUUUGAAGUGUCCCCUAACUUUGAUUUAUUAAAUCAAGCAAUUCAUAUGUUUUUU